GGGUUGCCUUUAAAAGGUAUCCUAGAAUCGUUGUCAUGGAGAUGGAAGGAAGCUGGCAAGUUAUUAUAUAGGUAUCACCCCCAACCACAGACUGCCACUUCUUUACCAUAGGUGUGUGCACACGUUUGCCAUACUGACAAACAGGACUUUAAUCUUUCCCGUUGUUAAGUUAAGAAAGACUAACUAGAACCAUGUCGAGGGCAAAGAAAGCCGGUCUUGGGGCCGAAAUUGAACGCAAAAUGGAACAGAGAUACGACAAAGAAGAAGAAGCAGGCGUUCCAUCUGCCAUUGUUUCUUGGAUUAACGGUAUCUUUGAAGGUACCAAAAACCCUACCUGUCCCGGAUGCGCAAUGCAACAAAUCCAUGCUUACCUUCAAGAUGGAACUAACUUAUGCAGACUUAUCAACAAGUUGCUGGAAACUGAUGGCAAAUCUGCCAUAUCUUACGCCAAGAACGUGAAGUCCCCCUUCGCUGCCAUGGGAAACAUCGAGAACUUCUCGAAAGGUUGUGAAAGUUUUGGCCUCAAUAAGGAAGCUCUUUUCCAGAGCAAUGACUUAACUGAAGGCAAAAAAGGACCCUUCCUUAAUGUCAUCAACUGCCUUCACUCUUUAGGAUUUUUGGCCAAUUCCAAGAUGGUUCUUCCAGCCUACACUGGCCAGCAGACAAAAUACAUGGAAGAUGAUUAAACGUCAGCUCUCUAGUUUAGUUUCUCGGGAGCUUAAUCAAUAGCUGAAAUCCUUAGUGGAGAUACUGCUUCGUCGAAAACAUUCGCCAAGUUACCAUUAUACUCUUAUUUAAAGGCUCUCUUCACACAAACAUACACAUUGCAAUAGCCUCAAAUUGUCUUAUCUCUCUUAUUACAUAUUAAGGUAACUCCCAUAAUUAAUAGAAAUUGCAGAUACAACAUACACGUCUUUUUAUUUUCCUACACUUUCCAAAUAAUGAAGAAUAUUUUAACUCUGGCAAUCGAUGUCACUUAAAGCCUAUGAAAAUAAACUUACUUAAAA